AUGCGCUUCGCUGUCCUCCUCGCUUCGGCUCUCGCCUUGGCUGCCUCUCAAGUCAACGCCUUGACCAUCAACAUCAACUCUGCCAGCUGCACAGCCAUCAACUGGAGCAUCCGCCUCGACUCGCGGGAAGAAUACGUGCAAGCUUCCACCCUGCGCUUCUACGCCGCUUCGAGCGACUCGGAUUUCGACUCGUUGCACUCCGACUUUACCGUCAGCGCCAAUGGAGAUGUCAAGUCGUACGGUGUUUGGUACACCUUUACGACCUACGUCGAUGAUAGCGAUCGCCCUGCCGGCACUUCAUGGCAAAUGGGAGCUGGAUUGAUCGACUAUCAAAACAACUUUCUUCCUGCCGCUGACGGCACCAGGCUCAUCGUGUACGGCACCCGCACUGUUACCGGCUGCGACGCGGCGCCGACUCCCGUUUCCACGACGCUCUCCAGCUCGUCCGCAUCGACAUACAGACCCACAUCAACCGGCACCUACACGCCCACGUGGUACCCUACUCCCCUACCAGUCGAGCAAGAGACGCACGGCGUUCCGAUCGGUGCAGUCGCUGGUGGCAUCGUCGGUGCUGUCCUGCUGCUGCUCGGCGCGGUGAUCUGGCUGAUCGUGCGUCGUCGCAAGCUGAAGCAAGAAGCUCAAGCGAGCGGUGCAAAUGUCGGAGGCAGCGCAGCAGCUGGUGGACAAGCAGGCGGCGCCUUUGUGCCGGCGGGCGCGGCCAUGGGAGGAGGAGCGGGAGCGGAAGCAGUUGGCACGCCCGAUUUGGAAAAGAUGGAGAGCGCAUCGGGCCAUUUCGGUCAUGUGCCCACGUUGGCCUCCAACGGAGGUUGGGCCACCGACAACCGUCGUCCGCCAUCGCAGUACACCGCAAGCACGGCUGGCAGAACGAACAACAACAACAACAACAACAAUAGCGCAUUCUUCACUUCGCCACCCACCAGUCCUCUCAUGGCAGCGCACAAUCGUCCCAUGUCUCAGCAAAGCCUCGCUGCGCGCCCCAUGAGCCCGGCCAACAAUCCUCUGUUCGGCAACGCGCCAACACCAAAUGCCGUCGCCAACAAUGCCUGGCAUCCCGAGCCAAUGGCAGCCAACACCGCUCACGGCAACAACCAGCUCGCAGAACCAAUGACGCGAUACUGA